ACCUCUUGUUUUGUCAUGGCGAAUCGCGUCUUGCUUCAAUACUCUCAUUAAUUAACGUCUUCUUUUGUGCUGUCUGCUUUAGUGUCGGACGGUUGAGAGCUCCCCUGGUGCUGGAGCCUACUAUCUACCAACCUCUCAUCCUUUCCUUUCUACCACGACAAUUUCUUAAUCUCCUUCCUUUCUAUACCAAUCGUUCCCUACGUACUGAUUGACCUGCUUUGUGAAACCCCCCGAAGAUGAUGACCCGAUCCCGGGACACCUUGGAGGUGAAACCUCUACCAAAGUCCGGGCGCUCUCCCAGUCGCUCUCCGAAUUCCAAGAAUCGCAAGAAGGAAUCGGCAGGAAGCUCGAGCUAUGCGUCGGAUGGCGUUACGGAUAACAACAUUUUCGCAUUGCCCACAAAGGACUACCGGGUCCUCGCGUUUAUCACAAUAGUCGCGGCGGUGGUCCGUUUGUUCAGAAUUUACCAGCCCUCCAGCGUUGUUUUCGAUGAAGUCCACUUCGGUGGUUUCGCGUCGAAAUACAUUAAAGGCCGUUUCUUUAUGGACGUGCAUCCCCCGCUUGCCAAACUUCUUCUUACACUUGCAGGAUGGCUCGGUGGUUUUGAUGGAAACUUCGACUUUAAGGACAUUGGCAAAGAUUAUCUUGAGCCCGCCGUUCCCUAUGUUGCUAUGCGUAUGCUUCCGGCGGUUAUGGGUGUGCUUACGGUUCCAUUGCUGUUCCUGACCCUUAGAGCAUCCGGAUGUCACACCACGUCCGCCGCGAUGGGUGCGGGAGUUUUGGUUUUCGAAAAUGCGCUCGUCACUCAAUCCCGCUUGAUCCUUCUUGAUGCGCCCUUGGUCUUUUUCACCGCACUCACGGCUUUAUCGUUCACUUGCUUUACCAACCAGCAAGAGCAAGGGCCGUCGCGCGCCUUCGGUGGGCUAUGGUGGUUCUGGCUUUCUGCCACUGGUCUAUGCUUGGGUGCGACAUUAAGCGUCAAGUGGGUUGGACUCUUUACGGUUGCUUGGGUUGGUUCCCUUACAAUUCUUCAAUUGUGGGUGCUCCUUGGAGAUACGAGAACCGUUACUGCUCGCGUUUGGUUUAAACAUUUCUUCUCCCGGGUCUUUUGUCUUAUCAUCAUUCCCAUCGGAUUUUAUUGCGGAAUGUUCGCAAUUCAUUUCAUGUGCUUGGUAAACCCAGGAGAUGGAGAUGGUUUCAUGUCAUCUGAAUUCCAGGCAACGCUGAACUCUAAAACGAUGCAAGACGUCCCCGCUGACGUUGUGUACGGCUCUCGGGUCACACUUCGCCAUCAAAAUACCCAGGGUGGAUAUCUGCAUUCCCACCCGCACAUGUUCCCCACCGGAAGCAAACAGCAGCAGAUCACUCUGUAUCCACACAAGGACGAAAACAACAUUUUCGUGCUCGAAAACCAGACCCAGCCUCUUGGUCCUUAUGGAGAAGUCCCCGGGAUUUUUGCGUGGGAUAACAUCACUGCUGAGAACAUCUAUGAUGGCGCGGUUCUCCGGCUGUACCACCCGAUCACUCACAGAAGACUUCACUCGCACGACGAGCGACCUCCUGUGACUGAUGUGGACUGGCAAUUUGAAGUCUCUGCCUACGGAUUUGAAGGAUUCGCUGGCGACGCGAAUGACCUCUUCCGAGUUGACAUCGUCAAGUCCGCAUCCCAGGGUGAAGAGGCCAAGAAACGGUUGCGGACCAUCGAAACCAAGUUCCGACUUGUUCAUGUUAUGACUGGUUGUGUCUUGUUCUCCCACAAGGUCAAAUUGCCUGAAUGGGGUUGGGCUCAGCAGGAAGUGACCUGCGCCAGAGGCGGCAGCUUGCCCAACAGUCUCUGGUACAUUGAGUCGAACGCCCAUCCAAUGCUCCCCGCAGACACAGAGAAGGUCAACUACAAACACCCUGGCUUCUUGGGCAAGUUCUGGGAACUUCAGAAGGUGAUGUGGACCACCAACGCUGGUUUGACCGAAUCUCACAACUGGGAUUCUCGUCCCCCGUCGUGGCCAACGCUGCUCCGCGGCAUCAACUUCUGGGGCAAAGAUCACCGCCAGAUUUACCUCCUUGGUAACCCAUUCAUUUGGUGGUCGUCGACUGUGGCAAUUGCAAUCUACUUCAUUUUCAAGGGCAUUUCCAUCAUUCGGUGGCAGCGACACUGCGGUGACUACCGCAACGUCAACUUCAAGCGAUUCGAUUAUGAAAUUGGCCCCAACGUGCUUGGAUGGUUUUUCCACUACUUCCCAUUCUUCCUUAUGGCCCGUCAACUGUUCCUUCAUCACUACCUCCCGGCGCUUUACUUUGCUAUUCUUGCGCUCACCCAAGAAGUCGACUUCCUUGCAAACCGUAUCAAGAGCUUGGGUCUGCCCUCUAAGCCAAUGAUUGGCAAGCUGCUGAUGGGCGUUUUCCUUACUUUGAGUAUCUUUACAUUCACGCUCUACUCUCCGCUCGUCUACGGCAACCCCUGGACGCAGGAUGCCUGCAGGAAAGUGAAGCUUUUGGACUCCUGGGACUUUGACUGCAACACCUUCCACACCGACGUAAGUCCUCCAGCAUAGACAAAACCUCCGCGACGGAGAUCCUAGGCGCAUCGCAUC